AUGGCACCCGGGACCUUCCGUGCCGCAGCGGCGUCCGCCGUUCAUUCCGGCGGAAGCUUCGGGGGAAUCGACUCGCAAGCGCAACAGCACGCGGACCCCGGCGGAAGCCGUAAUGCGCAGUCGAGCGGGGUAGGAGUGGCGGAGAAGUACGGGCUGCUGGCGGCGGUGAUUGCGGCGCGCGGCGGGUGCGCGGUGCUGGACGGCGGGCUGGCGACGGAGCUGGAGCUGCGCGGCGCGGACCUCAACGACCCGCUCUGGUCCGCCAAGUGCCUCAUGGAGGAGGAAGCUUCCAGCCUCGUUCGCAAGGUUCAUCUGGACUACUACCGCGCGGGCGCCGACAUCUCCAUCUCCGCGUCGUACCAGGCGACCAUAGAGGGCUUCACGGCGCGCGGGCUGUCGAAGGGGCAGGCGGAGGCGCUGCUGGCGCGGAGCGUGCAGCUGGUGGGGGAGGCGCGGGACCGCUUCUGGGCGCAGUACUGCGCGGAGGCGGAGCGGAGGGGGGAGCGGGUGGAGCGCGCGGAGGGCGGCGUUGAGCGCGUGGCGGGACGCGUGAAGCCGCUGGUGGCGGCGUCCGUCGGCAGCUACGGCGCGUUCCUCGCGGACGGCUCCGAGUACAGUGGCGACUAUGGCGCGGAUAUGACAGUGGAACGACUCAUGGACUUCCACCGCCGCAGACUGCAGGUGCUGGCAGCAGCAGGGCCGGACAUCAUAGCCAUGGAGACCAUCCCGUGCCACAUCGAGGCUCAGGCCCUGGUGCAGCUGCUAGAGGAGCAGGCUGCCUCGGGCGCAGCAGCAGUGCCAGCGUGGAUCAGCUUCAACAGCAAGGACGGCCGCACGGCACCGUCAGGCGACCUCUUCUCUUCCUGCAUCGCCACCGCUGCUGCCAGCCCGCACGUGGUGGCCGUGGGGAUCAACUGCACGCCGCCCCGCUUCAUCCUGCCACUGCUGCAUGCCGCUCGGAAGGAGACAUCGAAGCCACUGGUGGUGUACCCCAACAGUGGCGAGGCGUGGGACGGCAUUAACAAGGAAUGGGUGGUGCGUGCUCUGCCCCGCUCCGCUUUGCGCCCCUCUGCUCCUCUCCACUCCCUGCUAUUUUCUGCUCUGCUUUGCUCCUCUGUCGUUCUGUCCCCUUCUCUACUGCUGCAUACUGCUCCAUCACCCACCGAUCCCCUCGCCUCACUCUCCGUCCGUCCCUUGAGUCAUGUGAUAAGUGAUCUCCCUUCCACACGCCCCUCACCCAUUUCACGCGCUAGCACCCUAUUCUCCUCUAUUCCCCCUUGGGCCUUGCCACAUCUCUCCCUCCGUGCAGCCAUGCAGUGGGCUGAGUGA